AUGAAUUGCUUCAAGUGUAGCUGUGGUUGCGAUCGACUCACCAAAGAAGAGCUAGAGCACAUACUCCAAUCUACAAACAGUUAUCGAGAAUUUCUCAACAAUGAAACUGCACGCAACAUGUUCAGAAGCAUGAUUUAUCCCGAUGAGACCAACACACCGCAACCAUCCGGAUCUCAAAAUCGUCCCGUGGGAAAACGUCCCAAACCGAUGGCCAUUAAAUAUUUGGAAUUAAUCGAAGAAGCUGAUCGGUUGCGUCAGGCAAACGAUUUGAGCGAGGAAGAUGUUGAAAAGUUUGCCGAUUCUGUUCCCGACCUGGAACUGGGCGAUCGGCUGUGCGAAAGUACCAGCACGAAUCGUGAAGAAGUGCUGAAGGACAUCAUUAGGAAGUAUGGCCCCAAUCUGACCGUAACUGACGAGUACAAGAAGUUUAUAACGAAACUUACCAAAGCGCAUGAUGGUAAAAUUAAACUUGAAAAGUCUUAG